AUGUUUCCUUUCAAGUCUCUUCUUCCUCCAACCACGCCAAAUGGCGGUUUGCUUCCCCACUGGCUCUUGUUUAUCUCGGUUGUAUCGGUAUUCAACUCUGCCCAGAACUACUUGAUCAAGGACUUGAGUCUUACGAGAAAGGUCUACUCUGCUGCCCCAGCAAAUGAAGUUACCCACUUAAGUGCCAGAACCUUCGGUACCUGGACCCUUUUGACGUCUAUCGUCAGACUUUACGGCGCCUAUAACAUUGUUGGUAACAAGCAGAUGUACGAUCUCUGUAUCUGGACAUUUGUGGUUGCUGGUGGCCACUUUUAUUCCGAAUGGCUUUGCUUCAAGAACUGUAAGCUUGACAAGGGAUUGGCUGGUCCAUUGAUCGUUGCCUCUACAAGUUUGAUCUGGAUGUUCACUCAGAAGGACUUCUAUGUCAACUUUUAA